AAGGAGAGCCGCCAUGCCCGGGGUGCUGCGGGUGCCCCCGCUCGAGGAGCUCGAUGUGCAGGAGGUGGCGGUCAGCUCGGCCGUGCUGAAGGCCGCGGCGCACCACUACGGCUCGCAGUGCGACCGGCCCAACAAGGAGUUCAUGCUGUGCCGCUGGGAGGAGAAGGACCCGCGCCGGUGCCUGAGGGAGGGCCGGCAGGUGAACCAGUGCGCCAUCGACUUCUUCAGGAGCAUCCGGACGCACUGCGCCGAGCCCUUCACCGCCUACUGGACGUGCAUCGACAACUCCAGCCAGCAGGAGCUGCGCCGCUGCCGCAAGCAGCAGGCGGCCUUCGACUCCUGCGUGCUGGACAAGCUGGGCUGGGUGAGGCCCGACCUGGGAGACCUCUCCAAGGUAACUUCUUACCCUUUCAGGCACGUCCUGCUUGCCUGUCUGUAUGCACUUUUUGUCCAGACCAGGUCUCCAGCAUCUCUUGGCUUGAUGGUGUUUUGUGAACUCGGCACUGGAAGUUUGUGGGAUGGUAGAAGUCAAGACUGGCAGCAUUUUCCAGGAUUGCUUUUCCAGUAGACUUGUGCUUUUCUUAGACAACAAAAUUCUUACUUUUUGCUUUUCCUGCUAGAGGCUUUUCCUUUAGGGAUGAAGCUCAUGCUCACGUGGAGCUAUUCUGUAGUUGUGAUGAAACAUCCCUCCCUUCCCUUAGAAGUAUUGAGGAGCUCUCAUCAGCUGAACAAUGUGUCCUUACUAUUGUUUGGUUCUUCUUGGUAGUCCUUCCUUGAAGUUCUGACCCAACCUGGCCAUUAAAUGCUGUGAGAAGUCGUAUCACUUCUUUGCAUUUCUUUCCAGGUUACGAAGGUGAAGACAGACCGUCCUCUGCCUGAGAAUGCCUAUCACUCUAGACCCAGACCAGAGCCAAACCCACCCACGGAAGGGGAGCUGAAGCCCUCUCCCCUUGGCAGCAGGCUCUUUUUCUGGUCCUGGUGAAGUGGGCAGGCUGUGCCGUGACUCAAGUGCAGAGAUGUGGCACUUGCACAUGUAAAUUGUGUGGUGUGUGCUGGGUAUUACUAAUAAUUAAAGAGCCCAAAACCAUUA